CCUCCUGCCACGCUUCUUCUUCUUCUCCUUCUUCUUCUUCCUCCUCCGCCUCUCCGUCGACCAGGAUGUGGCGUUCGGCCGCACUGCUCCUCUCGGGAAUCUCGGCGUUGAUCCAAGUGUCUUCAGGGGGUCCUCACCAGAGAAACCUGCUGAAGAACCUGCUGAAGGACUACAACCGCAUGGAGCGCCCCGUGGGCAACGACUCGCACCCGCUGACCGUCACCUUCUCGCUCAGUUUGAUCCAGAUCAUGGACGUGGACGAGAAGAACCAGGUGCUCACCUCCAACAUGUGGCUGCGGAUGAGCUGGUUCGACCACUAUCUCCAGUGGAACCAGAGCGAACAUCCCGGAGUUAAAAACCUUCGCUUCACCACCGACCAAAUCUGGACGCCAGAUAUUCUGCUAUACAACAGUGCAGACGACGACUUCGACGCCACCUUCAAGACCAACGUUCUGGUCAACUCCAGCGGCUACGCUGAAUAUUUGCCUCCAGGCAUCUUCAUGAGCACGUGCAACGUGGACGUGCGCUGGUUCCCUUUCGACAUCCAGAAGUGCGUCCUGAAGUUCGGCUCGUGGACGUACGACGGCUGGCUGCUCGACCUCCAGAUGAACGACGCCGACGUCUCGGGCUACAUGCCCAACGGCGAGUGGGACCUCCUAGGCGUGCCCGGCGCCCGGAACGAGGUUUUCUACGACUGCUGUAAGGAGCCGUACCCGGACGUGACCUUCGUGGUGACCGUACGGCGCAGGACGCUCUACUACGCCCUCAACCUGCUCAUCCCCUGCAUGCUCCUGUCCUCCAUGACACUCCUCAUCUUCGUGCUACCCGCAGACUCGGGAGAGAAGAUCUCGCUGGGUCAGUACUUUGCCAGCAUAAUGAUCAUCGUGGGCAUGUCCGUUAUCGCCACCGUGGUAGUCCUGCAGUACCACCACCACGACCCCAACGGAGGGAACAUGCCCAAAUGGGUGAAGCUGGUCCUUCUCCAGUGGGUGGCGUGGUUCCUGCGGAUGAAGCGCCCCGGCGAGACGGAGAAGCCGGGCAGGCCCCCCUGCGCCCCCCACCUGCGCCGCUGCUCCUCGGGCUCCCACAGCGGGAGCAUCCCCAACCACGGCGAUCCGGCCCUGCACCCGCUGCAACCGCAGAACUUGGCCCCCCUGCGCCAACCUCACCUCCACGCCAAGUCCAGCGCCAACAACAACGGGAGCCUGCUCUACUUACAGGGGGUGGAGGAGCCCUCGUCGUUGUCCGACGCCACCCAGAGGUGCAACAACAUCCCCGCGGGGUCCCGCAGCCCGCCUGCGCGCCUGCCGCCCCACCUCCGCGGAUCCCCGCCGCCGCCCGCCCCAAACUUGGACGCCGCGGUCCGCCCCGGCUCCGUCUCCAGCGUGGGCGGGUUUGGAGGCGGCGCGGGCGGCGGCCCGUGCCACGGGGACCCGCUGCUUCAGGCCAUCCUGGAGGAGGUGCGCUACAUGGCGGACCGAUUCCGCGAGCGGGACGAGGCGGAGCGCGUGGCCGACCAGUGGAAGUUCGCGGGCGCCGUCAUCGACCGCCUGUGCCUGGUGGCGUUCAGCGUCUUCAACAUCAUCUGCACCAUAUCCAUCCUCAUGUCGGCGCCCAACUUCGCCGACGCAAUUUCUAAGGACUUUGUCUGAAAAGCCGUGAGGGGGAACAAAGCGGAUGAGGGGGAAUUAAGCUAACAAGCCGGCUGGGAUCCAGCGGGACUUCACAUUGUAGACUAGAAGACAGAGGAAAAUGUGUGGAUUUCACACUGCGCACUGCACUGACUGAACUUGAAGAAAAUAGACAAAAAAGUGGAGUCAAAGCUUUCCGGCUUUGAGGAAAGAUCGGAGGUCUAACAGAGGCGUGACAGCGUCUGUGUGAAAUGGCCAGAACGGGGUUGUGAAGUUCAACAAAGCGGCAAACCUGCCUUUGCUGGGUUCUGUGCAAAAGGCAAAAUGUGGGUAAAAGCUGUGAAAGGAUCCCAAGCGGCUAUUUUUCCACUUUUAUUCCUUUCGUCACGGUUUUGUAUAAACUGUGUUCUGUAUAAAAGGAAAUUUGCGCGGCUAUUUUGCAGAAUCUCUGCAUGAAAGCAGCUCAACUCUCAUCAGUAGUCAGACCAAAAUAUAUACACUUUGCUCGGUUCCGUGUGAAAAGGCAAAAGAGUGUAAAAGCCCCCUUAGUUUACGUCCAUGACUCGAAUAUUGUCAUUUUGCAGGGUCUCUAUGUGAAAGCGGUUUAACCCUCAUAAGUGAUGAAAGCAUUUAGCUUUGCGGGGUUCCGUAUGAAAGGCGCCGGGUCUUCUAUAGCGGCUAUGAUUUGACAGUUUGGCAGGAUCUCUAUUUGAAAGGAGCUUGACUCUCAUGAGCUCCGGUUUGCUGGGUGUUGUGUGAAAAGGCGCAGGUGGAUAAAUGCCGGGUCGACUCAAACGGCUCUAUUUCGCGGGAUCUCUGUGUGAAAGAGGUUUAAAUCUCAUUAGACUGACACAUCGUCCGGUUAGGCUGGGUUCUGUGUAAACUUUAGCCUGUUACAGAGCCAAUGCGGCUAUUUUGCACGAUCUCUGUGUGAAGAAGAGCUCCAGUGAUAAGAAGGACACCUUGGAUAACAAAGAGAAGGACAUGCAGAUUAUAAUUUUGAAUUUGUUUUUUUUUUUAAGAGCAGCGCAGAAAACAGUAAGCGAAGA